CGUGUGUCUGUAUCGCAUUGUUUCGCCAUCUGAAGAGCACGGGUUACCAGCAUCGAUCAGAAAGACCGUUUUGGCGUUGUUCCACCACGAAUUCGUUCUCACUCGCUCCACACGGCAGCGUUCCUCUGUCUUAUUCGUUAGCUGCUUGGGGGCUUCUCUCUACGGCGGAGCGCCCGAACGCCCUGCAUACCCUGCCGCAGUAUCAUGGCCUCUCAAUAAUCGACGCAGCGAAAGAGAGCCUUGCCACGGCUUCAAUCAUGUCGUAUUUCUCUGCUCGCGGGCCGGCGAAGACGCUCCCCUUUACUCCUCCCCAUGGGCUUCCACCAGCUCCGCUUUCAGCUCCCAGCCAGAGGGCCGUUCCCCCCGGUUCCAAGGGCAUCCUUGUGCGCCCGAUGGGCGUUGUCAGAGCUCGUCAAAAUCUAACUAGUGUCCUUCCCGGCAGCCCUGCAAUACAGCCGCUUACCUGGGCGGGUGGCCGCGGGGAGGACGGCGAGGUUCUUCCGCAGGCUUCUCCUUCGGCGCCCACACAGCGCCCAAGCACUUCCGUCGUCCCAGCAGUUACAUCAAGGCCUGCCGCACCAUGUCCCUCGGCCUAUGGUCCGGGCAGUCCAGGCGCUACCGAAUUGUCCGGGGGCACAAACGCCACUGCACUCGUGAGAGCUGGGACGAUACAGGAACUCAGCGCUCACCAGAGCGGGAAGCACUUUGACGUUUCGCCUCCCGUGCCUCUUCAGGAGGGAAACCAUUUUGCUCGGUUCUACGUGUUUGACUGGGACAAUACACUCUGCCCGACCGACUGGCUGUCGGAAUUGUACGGCCAAAAUGGGUCGAAUCUUUAUAUGAGCAAGAAGCCAUGCCCCGCGCUGAGCUCCCCCGUCCUAAAGUCCAAGAUGGACUUGCUGCAGAACAGUGUGCGGACGCUGCUGUUAAAGUGCAAGGAAAAGGGAGAAGUUGCCAUCAUGUCCAACGCCACGAGCGUCGGACUCAUCAAAACUCUCCGACUCCUGCCCGUCAUCCACAGAACUGUGAAUGAGCUACGCAUUGCUGUAGUCUCUGCUCGGGACAUGUGUGAGCCGCACGGCCUUCCGUUGGAGGACUGGAAGGACACAGCUCUCGUCCAGAUGCUGCUCGAUUUCGCAGGACGGCAUGCUAACCAAAAGCUCUCAGUUAUGACAAUCGGUGACCAGGACUUUGAGCACAUUGCCCUUCACAAUGCUUCAGAGUAUCUUCAAUCGCAGUUCGGCCGGGAUUCUCACCCGAAAUGCAUCAAAUACGUGGAGUCGCCGACCAUUGACAUUGUCACUAAGCAGACUGCAAUAUUCAUCGAGCUGCUCGACCAGUUUGCGGACGACGAGAGCGGCACCUACCUCAUGGAACAAGACAGCGCGAUGAUCGACUACAGACGUCUGGCGCUCUGAAACCGAAGGCACGAGAGGGACUUUGGGAAUGUCUUUCCGCUUCUCCCUUUGUUCCCAGGGUCAAAUCCAGCGAGCCUACUCCUAAUGCAGUUUUAGUGGACCCGCAGGCAUAAACUCACACAAGGGGA